GUUUUACAAAGCAAAUUAAUAAAUGUUUACGAAAAAAUGUUAAAUAUCUGACAAGUUUUCUUCUUAACGGUUUCAGGAAUUUUAGUACCUGUUUUAGUAUUAAAUAAAUAGACCCUGAUUAUUUCAUUUCAAAUACUCAGAUUUUGCCGCGUCACCUCCCCUCACCCGAUUGGUCAAUUCAAUUUUCACCUUCCCAACGGUUUUCAGGUGUCUUAAUAGUUUUAAAAGUUGACUGACAAUCGUGGCGUUUUUUGGUUUUAACUUUGUGAUAGUAGUAUUUAUAAGUGUAUAUAUUUGUUUCUUAUAUUAAGACAAGAUGUCCGACAAAUCUGUACAAGUAGCCCUCAGAAUAAGGCCCCUUGUCCCAUCCGAGAUCUCCAAAGGUUGCAAAAACGUGUUUGAGGUGUACCCCAGCCUCAAUCAAGUCAAAAUUAAAAACACCGACAAAGCUUUCACAUACAAUUAUGUUUUUGAACCAAGCACAACACAAGACUACGUUUACGAGACCUGUGUUAAAGGCAUGAUCGAAAAUCUUUUCAAUGGCUAUAACGUCACGGUCCUGGCAUACGGACAAACCGGCUCUGGCAAAACACACACCAUGGGGACCACGUACAACGGGGAGGGCGAAAUGGGGGUUAUCCCCAGGGCAAUUACGGAAAUUUUUAAUACAGUGAGGGAGAAUUUCGUGUAUGAUGUAAGUGUGACCGUGUCGUUCGUCGAACUCUAUCAGGAGACGCUUUACGACUUAUUGGCCGAGAAAAGUCGAGAUCAGUGCAUACUGGACAUUAGAGAGGACCCAAGUAAGGGUGUGGUAAUACCUGGCUUGACGCAAGUGCAAGUGGACUCAACUCAAAGCGUUUUUCAAGCUUUGAUCAGGGGGUCGAGCAGUCGCGCCACGGGGGCCACCAAUAUGAAUGCGCAGAGUUCGAGGAGUCAUGCGAUUUUUUCAGUGAAUAUGACCAUGAUCAACAAAAAGGACGGAAAUGAAAAGACUGCAAAGUUCCAUUUGGUCGAUUUGGCCGGUUCAGAACGACCCAAAAAGACGGGGGCUGUUGGCACAACAUUUAAAGAGGGCGUUAACAUAAACAAAGGACUUCUAGUACUAGGGAACGUGAUUUCGGCCUUAGCUGAUGAAAAACAACAACACGGUUAUAUCUCUUAUCGAGACAGCAACUUAACUCGCCUCCUGAAAGACUCUUUAGGCGGAAACAGCAUAACUUUGAUGAUUGCCUGUGUUAGCCCCGCUGAUUACAACAUAGACGAAUCAAUUUCGACGUUACGUUACGCCGAUCGGGCUCGAAGAAUCCAAAAUAAACCAAUCGUAAAUCAGGACCCGAAAGCAGCCGAAAUCAAUUUGUUAAAGAAAACAAUUCAGGACUUGAAACUGCAAAUUGUGGGUCAGGGUGGACCUGCCGUUUCGUCCAAUGAACUUACAAGUUUGAGGGAGGAAAACGUCCAGUUGCACACGAGAAUUCGUGACCUUACCGUACAGUUAUCGUCCACUUUGCACGACAAUACCGGCCUUUUGGAAAAAUUAAUGAUUUUGCAAAAUGCCAACGAAAAUCUCCAUAAAAAAAUUCAAGAACUGAAACAGGAGUACGAUCUCACGCUCGACAACAUCAACUUGACUUUCACGCAAAAUGAUUCGGACGGGUUUAAGAAGAAUUUGGCAAAGUUGCAACAAAUCCAAGAACAGUUCACUGUGCUUGACUACGAACAGAAGAAGACUGAAGACGAGAUAUUCCACCAUGAGACAAACAUUGAUAAUAUUCGGCGAAGUCAGGAAGGUAAAUACCAAAAUGUGGACGAAAUGAGUAAAGACCAGGAAAAUUAUACCAAGCAACAAAUGGCACUUAACACCGAACUGCAAGAGUUGACGAAACAGUUAGCCAUGAAGGAACAUUUGGCGCGACAAAUAACCACAAACACGCAGUAUCUGGUCGAUUACGAGGGCUUGAAAGAAAACGAAAAUAAAAUCCUCCAACUGCAGAAGGAAAAGGACGAAUUGUUGCAACAAUUAAAGAACGCACACUCGAACGGGCCGUCGUCGAAAAUCGCCGAACAGCGGCGGAAACGCGUCCAAGAACUGGAGAAUCAGUUGCAAGAACUAAACCGGAAAGUCCAAGAACAGGCGCGUUUGAUCAAACUGAAGGAGAAGGACGUGACAAAAAUCAACCAACUGAACAACGAAAUCCAGCAAAUGAAACAAACUCGCGUCAAGUUGAUUCGCAAAAUGCGCGAAGAAUCGGAGCGUUUCCGCACGUGGAAAAUCAAGCGAGAGCGCGACAUCGCCAAACUUAAGCAGGAAGACCGCAAAAAACAGACCAAAAUCGUGCGAAUGGAAGCAAUGCACAACAAGCAACAGAACGUCCUCAGACGGAAAGUCGAGGAGGCUGUGGCGUUGAACAAGCGCCUUAAGGACGCCCUGGCCUUGCGCAAAGCCACCCAAGACGCGAAAAAUUCAGGAAAGAACGAAAAAAUCGGCUGUUGGAUGAGGCAAGAGUUCGACGUCCACAUGCAUCUAAUUGAGGCCGAAGCCACUUUGAAGGGACUUUUGGACGAUCGGGCAACGUUGCAGCAACAGUUGGACAAACUGAGGGACGAUCCCGAAAAUCUGGACGAGUCACAAGUGCAAGAAAUCGAGAGUGACAUCGAAAUGCGUUCGGUGCAAAUCCAGGACUUGCAACAGAAGUUGCUAGACUCGGAAGAAGAGAAUAAAAAAUCAAAGUUCGAUAAUAUCCAAACGAUGGGCGAGGCGAAAUUUGCCAUUAAAAUCCUCCUGGAGCAAGCGGCCGACAUCAAGGCGAGCGAAGUGAGUGCCAAGAACAAAAUGAUCGAGACGCAAGCGGCUCUGGGCGAUUUUAAGCACAAGUGUGAGAAUUUGGAGAAGGUUGUGAAGAUUUUCGAGUUGAAGAACAACCAAGAUUUGGCACAGUUGCAAAAAGACUACGAGGAGAAAAUUGCUGUGUUGUUGCGGCAACUGCGCGGUGUUGAGGUGCAGGACGGGAGCGAGGAGUUGAAACAGAGGUGUGCGAUUCAAAGCGAACAGAUUGAGAAUUUGGAGCGGAAAAACCAAGAGUUGAUGGAAAAGUUGCACGAGACGCAGCAACAAGCCGAAGAAUUGAAGGAAAAAAUCGACACUAUUUCGCAGUUGGCUAAAGAAUCGCAAAUUAGGGAAGCAGUUGCCGAACUUAACACGCCAGUCGAGAACAUGAGGCGGAAAAAAAUUAAGAUUAAGCGAGAGUUUGAUUCGACGUUCACUAUGGAAAAUCAGGAGAAUUUCGAUGUUAGUAUGGAAGAACUGGACGAUAUUGCAAAUGAUCCAGAUUGGAAGAGGACGCCGAUUGGCAAGUGGGUGCUUGAAAAUAAAAGGAGGACGAAUGCGGGUGUGGAAAAUAUGGCAUUGAAAAGGACAUCAGAUGGUGGUUGUAUGUGUGUUAAAAGUAACUGUUCGAAAAGAUGUGGGUGCAAGAAACUGAAUCGAAGUUGUACAGUGGGGUGCAGGUGCUCCAGCACGAAUUGUACAAAUAGAGAUAAGAAAAUUUUUUUUUCAGAUUGCUGAAACUACGGGAUCAUUAGACGAAAAGAAAAGAAGAAUGGUGAACCAGAAUUUAUUUGCAAAUAACUAAGAGUCUGAGGCCUAAUUUUAUGUACAUUUUUAUUUAUUAAUUUUCUACUUAAUAAAACAAACUUUUUAAAAA